GCAGAUCCUCCGCUGAGCAGAACUCGCCGACAGAAUGCUCCUCCUGUUGCUGGGCAUCAUCGUCCUCCACGUCGCGGUGCUGGUGCUGCUGUUUGUCUCCACGAUCGUCAGCCAAUGGCUCGUGGGCCAUGAAUAUGCGGCUGAUCUCUGGCAGAACUGUACCGCUUCCACGGGCAACGUCCACCACUGUUUCUCGUCAUCGGUAAACGUAUGGCUGCAGUCCGUCCAGGCCACCAUGAUCCUGUCCGUUAUCUUCAGCGUUCUAUCCUUGUUCCUGUUCUUCUGUCAGCUCUUCACUCUCACCAAGGGGGGCCGAUUUUACAUCACUGGAGUCUUCCAAGUCCUAGCAGGUCUGUCCGUGAUGAGUGCAGCAUCAAUCUUCACGGCAAGGCACCUAGAGUGGCAUCUCAACUCUGACUACUCCUACGGCUUUGCCUACAUCCUGGCCUGGGUGGCCUUCCCCUUGGCCCUGCUCAGCGGAAUCAUCUACGUGAUUUUGCGGAAACGUGAAUGAGGCACCCAGACAGACCCUCUGAGGCUCUGAGCAUGCACAGGGAAGGGAGGAAGGAAACCAGAAACAAAGAGCUAUCCAAAACACUCAACCCAAACCAAACCGGAAGUAGAG